GGUUUGGUGUCAAUGGAGCAGCCUGCUGUGGAAGCUGGAGGGUGUUAGUGGGAGAGGUAGAGCAGUUAGUGAACCAGCUGAUUAGACAACCAAAGAUAUAUAGAGAGGAGGUGAACAUGUGAAGAAGAGAGCUAUCAACUAGUAAACAGAAAUGGUUCCUUCCACAAAUGAGAGCACCUGGGAGGAAAGAAUCCUCAUAAGAUGAUGUGAGGACACGUGGGGGAAAUUUAAAGAGGAAGAAAAAGCAAAAGGGAUCUCUGCCAAGUGAGCAAAUCGAGAGCGAGCAUUCAGUCGACAGCGCCACUGGGGGAAGGCAGAGAUGUCUUGGUUGUCACCUGUUUCAUGGGCCAAGUGGACAUGGACGGCUGUGCGAGGAGCAGAGGAGGAGGGGAGCGAGGAGAGGGAACAUGAUGAGGAUGAGGAUGAUGAUGAGAGAUCUCAAGGCUGCAGCUCUGAUUCGGACGGUCAUUUUGACACUCCGGAGGCAGCAACUCCUGUCCACAGUCCACCGAUAGUCCCAGGAGAGCUGGAGAGUGACAAUGCUGACAACAAAACAGAUGCAGAUCAGGAUGAGAACCUGAUUGUUACAGCUCCAAUUGGGGACCACAACAAUAUGCUCUUUGACAACAUGUGCCACGAUGAGCCAACGGUCCUCAUGCAAGACCCUUUGGAAAUGAAGAGCACACACCUAGAACCACAAGAAAACACAUGCCUGUCAAAGCCAAUAUACUAUGAACCUGUUCCUGAUUCAUUCCCUCUGACAUCAAUUUCUGAAACGGUCAAAUGCACACUUCCAUGUUCAGAACCCCCCAGGGAAGACACGUUGGUUCCUGAAAUGGUGAAUUGCAGAGUUCUGUCACUAGACCCACUCAAAGACAGAAUUCCCAUCUUGGUUAAUGAACCAGAUUUAGCUCUUGCUCCUACUUCUUUUCCUGCUGCUGCAACAAACUCAGUCCAAAGCAGUGAAGCUCUCAAGCAACCAGAGAAACGUCUUAUUGAUACAGAUCCACAAUACAGUAGCAUCACCAAAGAAUCAGAGUCCAGCUCGAAAAAUAUAGCACGUAAAUCUAAACCUCCAUCCUUGUCAAUAAACGAAACACCAAGGGAGGAUACACAAUCAAAUGAGGAACAAGAACUUCCUGUUCCCAAAGCCUCCUACAAAUUUGACCCAGACCAGAUAGAUGACAGUUUUAACCCUUUCACGAGUGGUGGAUCCAAACUCCAGGACUCUCCACCACCAUGUGGUUCAGUAACUUUCCCCAGGCCUGAGCCACUUGGUAGCGCUCUGUUUGAGGACGGUGCAGCCGCACCAAUAGAAGAAUCAACAUCAGAUGUCAAACCUGUGUUGCUGGAAUUUGGUCUGGACGACGGGACACUCAGCAAACCACCUCCAAAGAAAUUAGGAUGUAAAAAAACAACCAGCAAACUCAAGAAGCAAAAAAAGCCCAAGGUUUCAGAGACUUCCUGCGAACCAGCACCAGAACCUGCAGUGUCAGAAUCAGUUUUUGACAAUGCACCAGAGACAAAAGUACAAGUUUCAGACUCCACUUUGCCGCUUAACCUGGAUGACGUUCCUAUUCCUAGGAAAGGCACAUAUAACUUUGAUCCCAGUCAAUGGGAUGACCCCAACUUCAAUCCAUUUGGGAGCAACAGCACAUUGAGUAGUUCACCAGUGCUCCCCAAAGGCUCCUACAGUUUUGACCCAGACAAGUUUAAUGAUUCUGUGGACCCUUUCAAGCCCUCCAACACUUUGAAUAAUGACGAUUUGUCGAGUGAUUCCACUCAGUCUGAGAAAAAAACAAAAGACAGAAGCGAACACAAAGCAGCACAACCAGUGGGAGAGAAGAAAGUCCGGCAGAUUCCCAAGAAAAGCAAAGAGAGGACAGCCAAGAAUCCCUGUAAAGUUGAGAAACAUGAGGAGAGCCAGUUCCAAAUGCAGGACACAUGCAAGCAGGAGGAAGAUGAAGUUGUGGUUCACACCCCAGAGAUCUCGCAGCGUGUCCACCACGCCACUGAUGAGGAGAAGCUGGCGUCGACUGGAAUCAUGGGUCAGACUACCCAAGAUGAGCACCAGCAGAAAGAAGAGUCUGAAUGCACUAAAGAGCCCAUCGAUGACAUGCCUGUCACAGAUGCUCCUAAGGUGGUGGAUCAUGAAGAUGAGAAGGACAAAUGUGUUGCAAACGAAGACACAUGUGAGAAUCUAACAAUGUUCAGCGGUGAUACAGAUGGAGCAGUCCUGUCCCAAGACAAAAUUUCCCUGACUGAGAUUGACAAGGCUGCAGUGCUGACACUCAUCAGAGAGGAGAUAAUCUCAAAAGAGAUUGAGGUGAAUGAGUGGAGGACAAAGUAUGAGGAAAGCAGAGCUGAAGUUUUAGAGAUGAGGAAAAUUGUUGCUGAGUAUGAAAAGACGGUUUCCCAGAUGAUUGAGGAUGAGCAGGAGCAGAAGACACUAUCCUGUAGUAAGUCAGUUAGAAUGCUGACGAUGGAGAGGGACCAGGCUCUGGCCGACCUCAAUUCGGUGGAGCGCUCCUUCGCUGACCUCUUCAGGAGGUAUGAAAAUAUGAAGGGGGUCCUGGAGGGCUUCAAGAAGAAUGAGGAGGUCCUGAAGAAGUGUGCACAGGACUACCUGGCACGCAUCAAGCAGGAGGAGCAGCGUUACCAAACUCUCAAAGUGCAUGCCGAGGAGAAACUGGACAGGGCCAACGAGGAGAUAGCGCAGGUGCGUUCCAAGGCCAACGCGGAGGGGGUGGCGCUCAACGCCAGCCUGAGGAAGGAACAGAUGAAGGUGGACUCGCUUGAAAGAGCCGUCCUUCAGAAGAAUCAAGAAAUUGAGGAGCUCACCAAGAUCUGCGAUGAGCUGAUUGCCAAAUUGGGAACGGAAUAAGACGUCACGUUCUCUGUUCAUCAACAACAAACAAAAGCACGCCAAGUACACUAUCUGGAUUGGAUAUAUACAUCUGCAUAUCUCCGAGUAAAAUAUUGACCUUGAGCAGUGUUCCAAGCGCAAAAGUGAAGUAUCAUUUGAUCAUAUGGAAGACUUGUGUGUAUUUUAGCCACCAAUGAUUGAGAGUUGUGAAAAAAGCCAGUUGUACGGCCACCGCAUCAUUCACACGGUACGAAAUGAAGGAUUUCAUUGUCGUCACGAUCACUGCAAAGAAUUUUCAGUUCGUGCCUGACCUGAACUGGGAUUAUCGUUUCUUGCUGGGCUUUCAUAUACAGGGUGACUUUUUCAAAUAAGUUCACUUUUAUGGAACACUUGUGAUGCCUCUCAACUCCAGGCGCAUCUCAAUCAAUUUGAAUAUCAUGGAAAUGUCAUUUCACUAAUCUGAUUCCAAAAGUCAACACACAAAGUUAAACAUUUCAUGAUUUUGUUUUAAUGGUGUUGAUAACAGCGACCAGUAAACAAAAACUAAAUCUACCAUCUCAAGAAAUAACAAUAUUAAAAAAAAUUAAAUUAAUUUUUUUAAUACAAAAAUUACCAGUAGGUGGAAAUUUGAAUCUAAAAUGUAUUUUCUCAUUUGUUUUCAGGAAGUAAAUAGUUUCACUUUUAGAAUUUACUGAUUUAUUUUUUCUACAAUCCUCAAGUAGAGACGUAAUUUACUUUUUUUUUUUUUUUACACUGAUAUAUUGCAGUGUUCAUUUUAUGACUUGUGGCACCACAAGCGUAGACAAGCACUUGAGAAUCAUGCAUUCAGCCACACGACCUCAUUUACAAGUUUGGAAGUAUUACCGUACUUGUCCUAAUAAUGUGCCAAAUUUCAGAAGCACAUUUUGUCGCUACCAUUUUUCCAUUUUUAUCUAUCCAAAUAAGGUGUGCCUUUAUUGUGUCUCUUUUGUAAAUAUAUCUUUUAAAAAAAAGUAAGUUCUGUAAGUUCCUCAUGCAGUUGUGUCUUGUGGCCAAAGUGAAGGUCUCACAUGUCUGCAAACAACAAAUUAGCGGUUGGAGCAUGUUCCAUCCAGCACGGCCUUCUGGGCUGACUGAACCCGAGGGAAGCCGCAGGUGCAGCAACGUGAUGGCUGGUCCGCUCUCCCGUGGAAACGUUCCGCACAAUCUUGCCAAAAUAAUGACAAAUGACAUUCUGUUUCAGUGGUGUUUCAUUCCUUUUGAAUGGUGCAAAUCCAGCGUGCACAUUUUAUACAUCAUGAAAAUACUUCCUAUUUGUAUAUGGAUGUACUCAAAUUGUAUGGCAUAUGGUAUAUUUUGUGCAUUCCUGAAUAAAUAGUUAUAUGUCUGCUG